UCUACUUCCCAGUAGUACUUGAAAGAUCCCAAGCCCUAGCACACAAAAUUGUCCCUCCCGUCUUCUCCACUCCCGAAAUCAGACGAAUCGGUAUCUUCUCGGUGGAGUCUUCCGAUUCGAUUGGGUGUCUCUUCCCAAAGAAAUUGGUCUCUUUCGUUGAAACCCUUCUGCAAAAUUAGGCCUUUUCCCUGAUCGAGGAUUGCUGCUGUUGUGUUUGCGGCACUCGAGUUCGUAGGUCGAAGGAUUUCGCGAAGUUCGAAUCUUUGGGAUUGAUUUCGGGAUUUUAGGGUUAUGCAAUGCCAAUUGUGGGUUAGGAUUGGGAAGUUGAAGCGGACCAUCAAUGUCUUGGGCGGGCCCGGAAGAUCUCUACCUCUCGACUUCUCUUGCCAGCUACCUCGACAAUUCGGGAGCAGAACUGGGAUCUGGGAAACUUCUGAUCCUGCUCCGUGACGGUCGGAAGCUGUUAGGUGUACUUCGUUCCUUUGAUCAAUUUGCAAAUGCUGUUCUAGAAGGCGCUUGUGACAGAGUUAUUGUUGGUGACUUGUACUGCGACAUCCCACUGGGUCUAUAUGUGAUCCGUGGGGAAAACGUUGUGCUGAUUGGAGAACUCGAUGCGGAGAAAGAGGAGCUUCCGCCUCACAUGACGGAGGUCUCAGUAGCUGAAAUUAGAAGGGCACAGAAGGCUGAGAGGGAGGCUACCGACCUCAAAGGAACUAUGAGGAAAAGAAUGGAGUUCUUGGAUUUCGACUGAAAUCCUCCUUCAAAUGAACAAAUGCCUUUCUCAGUGAAUUCUAGCACAGGGAAUUGACCACGCUUUACGGGUUACAAUGUCGGGGUGGAGGGAUGCCUAGGUGGAUUUCGCUUCUUGUAUUCUCAUCCUUUUAGCUUUGCCUGCCUUGAGGAAAUGUAUUCGAGCUAUCGAGCUCCUGCUGUAUUGCAUUUUUUUUCACUGGUUCGAAGCAGGAUCCUGUUGAUUUAGUCCAUUGAGUCUGCUCCCUACUUCUCUGGGGGAAAUACAUUUCAUACGAUGAAGUUUUAGUUUCACGUCUAGUCAGUCGAUAACCAAUUCACUCCCUAUAGUUUUGUGUUUUCCCUUUCUACGAUGUGGAUUCACAUCCUUGAAGUCUAUAAACACUUAUUUCUUGA